AUGCCGCGGCCGGGGAAGAGCUCGUACAGCGACCAAAAGCCGCCCUACUCGUACAUCUCGCUGACGGCCAUGGCCAUCCAGCACUCGGCCGAGAAGAUGCUGCCGCUGAGCGACAUCUACAAGUUCAUCAUGGAGCGCUUCCCCUACUACCGCGAGCACACGCAGCGCUGGCAGAACAGCCUGCGGCACAACCUCUCCUUCAACGACUGCUUCAUCAAGAUCCCGCGGCGGCCCGACCAGCCCGGGAAGGGGAGCUUCUGGGCGCUGCACCCCGACUGCGGCGACAUGUUCGAGAACGGCAGCUUCCUGCGGCGCCGCAAGCGCUUCAAGGUGCUGCGUGCGGACCACGCUCACCUGCACGCAGGGGGCAGCAAGGGCGCGCCGGGAGCGGGGCCCGCGGGGCACCUGCACGCGCACCACGCGCACCAUCCCCACCACCAUCACCACCACCACCACCACGCCGCCGCCCACCACCACCCGCCGCCGCCGCCGCCACACAUGGUGCACUAUUUCCACCAGGCCGCUGCGGCGGCGGCCGUGGGCAGCGUGGGACGCCUGUCCCAGUUCCCCCCCUACGGACUGGGCUCGGCCGCCGCCGCCGCCGCCGCCGCCUCCACGUCUGGCUUCAAGCACCCUUUCGCCAUCGAGAACAUCAUUGGCCGGGACUACAAGGGCGUCCUGCAGGCCGGCGGGCUGCCCUUGGCGUCCGUCAUGCACCACCUGGGCUACCCGGUGCCAGGCCAGCUCGGCAACGUCGUCGGCUCUGUGUGGCCGCACGUGGGCGUCAUGGACUCGGUGGCCGCGGCCGCCGCUGCUGCUGCCGCGGCCGGGGUCCCUGUAGGCCCUGAGUACGGAGCAUUCGGGGUGCCGGUGAAGGCCCUGUGCCACUCUGCAAGCCAGGGCCUGCCAGCCGUACCCGUGCCUAUCAAACCCACUCCUGCGCUCCCUCCCGUGACCGCGCUCCCGCCGCCCGCGCUCCCUGUCCCCGCGGCGUCCCAGCAGCCGCCGGCGCCGUCCACCGUGUGCUCCGUGGCCUCGCCUGCAGCUCCUCUGUUGGAGCCCACGGCCCCGAGCGCGGCGGAGAGCAAGGGCGGCUCCCUGCACUCGGUGCUGGUGCACUCCUAG